AUGUCGUUCAAGUUCAAGCUCAAGGUGAAGACAGGAGGCACGGGGGAUGGAGCCGCACCCACCAGCUCGCAGCCCAGCGCGGGCGGCGCGCCGCAGCAGCCCGGGCAGGACCUGUAUGCGGCGCCUAGCCAGCAGUGGCCGAUCGAGCCAGCGGGAGAUCCGCUGGCGGGCACCGCCAGCCAGGCGCUCGCCCCGGCGCCCUCCAAGCCCAUGAAGUUCAAGCUCAAGGUGGCCAGCGGGGCGGGGCAGGCACCGGCAGCGCCCGUGGAGCACCAAUGGGAUGCGCCGCCUGCGGCGCCGCCGCCGCGGGUGAAGCGCGAGGCGCCCGAUGCAGCUGGGGACGAGGCCGGUGCCGCGCCGGCGGCGCGGCCCAUCAAGAAGAUCAAGCUGACCACCGGCAAGGCGGCGGGGGUGCCGGUGGGCAAGAAGCCGCUGAUCCGGUUCAAGCCGCCAGCCAAGCAGCCGUGCGACGCCGCGGCGGCCGCGGCCGUCGACGCCACCGCCGGCGGCGGCGCCACGGCGCGCGGCGCCACGCUGCCCAUCGUGCGCUUGACGCUGUCCGCGGUGGGCGCGCCGGCCGGGGGCGGCGUGAGGCGGCCCAAGGCCAAGGCUCUCAAGCCCAAGCCGGGGCUGAAGGCGGGCGGCGGCGUGAAGAAAGCCAAGGUCAGGACCGCCAAGGGCGCAGGCCUGUCGCCAGAGGGCGGCGCCAAGCGCGCCAAGCGCUCCCGCAGCGAGCUCAAGGAGCUCAGGGACCUGGGCAUCGACGACUUUGAGGAUUACGAUCCGGAUGUGCCGGUGGCGCCGCGCACUUUCCACCUGCGCAGCAGCCACGCCGCCGCCGCGCCCUCCUCCACCGGCCUGGGAGCCUCUGGCGGCGGCCCCGCGCCCUCUGACGCGCGCACCGGCGGCGGCGGCGGCGUGGCCGACACCGCGGGCACGGCGACGCCGCCUGGCGACGGGCCCGCGUCGUGGCCGCAGGUGGCGGCGGCGCGCGGCGCGGGCGGCGCGCCGCGCAAGGAGGACUUUGAGCGCCUGCUGGCUCGCUGCCAAAAGAAGGAUGUGCACAGCAUGUUCAAGGAACCCGUCACAGAGGCCAUUGCCCCCGGCUACUUUGCCGUCAUCCAGCGCCCAAUGGACUUCUCCACCAUGCGGGCCAAGGCCCAGCGCGGCGAGUACGCCUCCUGGGAUGGACUGCGGGCAGACAUGCGCCUCAUGUUCACCAACGCGCUCACCUACAACGCCCAGGGCGGUACCGUGCACAACUACGCCAAGCUGCUCAUGGGGCAGUGCGACCGCAUCGUGGAGCUGGCCAUGCAAGGCAAGACCGACUUCCGAAGCAGCGCCAGCAUCACGCGCAAGCACAACGCGGCGGUCAAGGCGCAGCAGCGGGCGGAGCGCGAGGCGCUGCGGGCGCAGGCCAGGCGAGCGCUGCUCUGCGCCCGCCCGCCGCCAUCUGGCGUCCCCUGCUGCCAUGAUUUGGCGGCGGAGCAGCGCGCGGCGCAGGAGGCCAAGGUUCUCAAGAAGGCGGGGCUGGCCUCCAGCUAUGAUGAGCACGAGGACGAAAACAUACGCAACAGCUACCGGCGGCCCGUCCGCGACGGCAACGUGGCCAAGUGGCGCGGCCUGGGCGGCGGCAGCAGCGCAGAGGGCGUGGCCUGGGGGCCGGGGCGCCAGGUGCUGCGCCCCGUCAACCCCUGGCUGCCGCCCGGCAUGUACGCGCUCAGCCUGGCGCGCUUCGCCGCGGGGCUCAAGGGCAAGGCCCGUGAUCUCGUGCGGCGGCGCGCCCUGGCCAGCUCAGCGGCGGACGAGGCGGCGGAGCGCGCGCUGCAGCAAGAGCUCGCGAAGAAGGUGCCGCUGCCGCCGCCGCCGCCGGCGCCCGCCGCGGCGGCGCCCUCGGCGGCGUCGGCGGCGGCUGCGGCGGCCGGCAACCGCUUUGGCGCGGCGGCGGGCAUGGCGCAGCAGCAGACGGCGAUGCAGGCGGCGCUGGGGGCGGCUUCCGCGGCGGCGGGCAGCGCGGCUGCGGUGGCGGCGGCCCCGGCCACCAUGCUGGCGCAGCAGCAGAUGAUGAUGCAGGCGGCGGCGGGCAAGCAGGGGAUGAUGGGGAUGGCACCUGGCGCCAUGCUGGCGCGGCCGGGAGGCCAGGGGCUGCCGCCGGGGGCCACCAUCACUCUCAUGGCCACGCCGCAAGGCAUGGUGCCGUUCUUGAUCCAGCCUGGGCAGCAGCCGAUCAUGAUGAUGGCGCCGGGCAUGAUGCCGGGAGGGGCCGCCGGCGCCGGCCAGAAGCUGCCCGGCGGCAUGCCUGGCGGCAUGAUGCCUGGCAUGCAGCAGGGCAUGUUCAUGCCGGGCAUGAUGCAGCAGCAGCAGCAGCAGCAGCCCUCCAUGCGGCCCAAGCAGUGA